UCCAUUCAGCCAACUCUCUCCUGUAUUUCUCUCUCUAAUUCCUCCAUAACUGCUACUACCAGUACCUUGCUUUCUUGACACCCCUCUUUACUAACUAAUCAAAUCCUGCAACAACUUAAAAGAGAUUGCGAAAACGCUGACUUUUUCAAUAAGCCUGUUACUCCAUCACCAAGUAAAGAAGCCCAAGACAAGUAUAUCAUGAUUCAAACUGAACUAGUGGCUAUGAUAGUUGCUGCUUUCUUCAACUUGCUGCCACCCCACAACUCUUUACUUUCAUCUUUACUGCUAAUAAACAAAAGGGUUUCUUGAUUUUUGCUGAUUUUUAGAUGUCCCAAGAGGACCAAGAACCUUCUGCAGAACAACUUCACGAAAUGUUUUUUAUGGAUUGUUUCAAGAAAAUGAAGCGUUUGAGGAUAUUUGAGCCAUCUUUGGGGAUUCUUGGAUUUUUCCUAGUUGCUGUUUGUGUUAUUUUUGGGUUCUUUUUGUUGGAUUACAAAGCUGUGGUUAAAGGGUCAAGAUUUUUUGCGGAGUCUGAUAGGCUGCUGUGGUUGAAAUUGAAUGAGGGUGGUGAGAAGAGAGCAAGGAAAGUUGAUUUUUUGAGUGAAGAAGGUGGUAGAUGUAAUGUGUUUGAAGGUGAUUGGAUUUGGGAUGAUAGUUAUCCAUUGUAUCAGUCCACAGAUUGCAGUUUCUUGGAUGAAGGAUUCAGGUGCUCGGAAAAUGGUAGGCCUGAUAUGUUCUAUACCAAGUGGCGCUGGCAACCAAAAGAUUGCAACUUGCCCAGAUUUGAUCCUAAAAUUAUGUUAGAUAAACUGCGGAAUAAGCGGGUGGUAUUCGUGGGUGAUUCCAUUGGAAGAAAUCAGUGGGAAUCAUUACUCUGCAUCCUUUCUUCUGUUAUCCCUGACAAGGAUUCAAUUUAUGAAGUAAAUGGCAAUCCUAUCACGAAGCACAGAGGAUUUCUGAUCUUCAAGUUCAAAGAUUAUAAUUGCACGGUGGAGUACUUCAGGGCUCCUUUUCUUGUACUGCAGAGCAGGCCUCCUGCUGGAGCUCCAUCAAACAUUAAAACUACUUUGAAGUUAGACCAAAUGGAUUGGAGUUGGUCAAAAUGGAGAGAUGCUGAUAUGCUCAUUUUCAACACAGGGCACUGGUGGAAUUAUGAGAAGACAAUAAGAGGGGGAUGUUACUUUCAAGAAGGUUUGGAAAUAACGAUGGAUAUGGAAGUUGAGACUGCAUACAAGAGAUCAUUACAGACAGUUCUAGAUUUUGUUCAUCGUGAAUUAAAUACAAGCAAAACGCAGGUUUUCUUUCGCACAUAUGCUCCUGUCCAUUUCAGAGGAGGAGACUGGAGAAACGGGGGAAACUGUCACCUGGAGACACUUCCAGAGCUAGGUUCUUCAUUGGUACCGUCGAACAAUUGGGAAAUGUAUAACCUUUUCAGCAAUGUUGUUUCAGCUCACUUGAACUUGUCAAAUGCGGAAGCAGUAGAAGUACUAAAUAUAACUCAUAUGACCGCGAGGAGAAAAGAUGGGCACUCAUCUUUGUAUUACUUGGAUCCCAAUGUUGGUCCUGCGCCUCCCCACAGGCAGGACUGCAGCCAUUGGUGUCUGCCUGGCGUCCCAGAUGCAUGGAAUGAGCUCCUGUAUGCUAUCUUUCUAAAACGUGAGAAUCUGCAAUUCAGAAAUCGUUACUUUGGGCACAUGGAUGAUUCUUAGCAAGUGUAUAUAUACUCUGUGACUAGGAACAAUUUACUCCCCUGGACACCAAUGAGGUGGUAUUCUUAUGUCGGAAAAGGCAGAAGAAAAGGAGGAUUUUGUGGGAGUAUAGCGGUGAGUGUAGAUCAACUGAAAAAUGAAUGUUCAAGCUGUUGGGAACAUGAGACUCCAUGUAAACAAGGGUCUUAGUCAGACACCAUUUUUUGUUUUUCUUUUCUUUUCUUUCUGGUUGAUGGUGAAAGAAGCCAGCUUUGGGGCAAAUGAGUUAAGAAGGGUUCUCUUCUUUGUAUUUUUCCUCCAGCAUUCGGAGCAUAGCUGUAGUGGAAAGCAUUACCUUUACCAUAGGAUCAAUUGUUAAUAAACUAGUUCUCAUCA